UACAAGACCUUAUUGAGUGCUCUCUCUUAUACACUAAAUUCCCAUUUUGCCCUUUCAAUUAGACCAAAAAUGCGUGAGAUUCUUCACAUUCAAGGGGGUCAAUGCGGGAAUCAGAUUGGAUCAAAGUUCUGGGAGGUCGUUAACGAUGAACAUGGAAUCGAUCCGACCGGCCGAUACACCGGAAACUCAGUUUUGCAGCUGGAGAGGGUGAAUGUCUACUACAAUGAAGCCAAUGGUGGCAGGUAUGUGCCACGGGCCGUUCUCAUGGACCUGGAGCCCGGUACCAUGGACAGUGUCCGGACCGGCCCAUAUGGGCAGAUUUUUAGGCCCGAUAACUUCGUGUUUGGCCAAUCUGGGGCUGGAAACAAUUGGGCCAAGGGCCAUUAUACUGAAGGUGCUGAGCUCAUCGACUCUGUCCUAGAUGUUGUUAGAAAAGAAGCUGAAAAUUGUGACUGCUUGCAAGGAUUUCAAGUAUGUCAUUCUCUUGGAGGUGGAACAGGUUCAGGAAUGGGAACUCUGCUUAUUUCAAAGAUCAGAGAAGAAUACCCGGAUCGAAUGAUGCUUACUUUCUCUGUAUUUCCAUCACCAAAAGUGUCAGACACUGUUGUGGAACCUUACAAUGCAACACUCUCUGUUCAUCAGCUUGUGGAGAAUGCUGAUGAGUGUAUGGUCCUUGACAAUGAAGCACUUUAUGAUAUCUGCUUCAGGACUCUCAAGCUCACCACCCCAAGCUUUGGGGACUUGAAUCAUCUGAUAUCAGCAACGAUGAGUGGAGUAACAUGUUGUCUCCGAUUCCCCGGACAGCUCAACUCCGACCUCCGGAAGCUCGCCGUGAAUUUAAUUCCAUUCCCAAGACUUCAUUUCUUCAUGGUGGGCUUUGCACCUCUGACUUCAAGAGGAUCACAGCAGUACAGAACACUCACUGUCCCUGAACUGACACAACAAAUGUGGGACGCCAAGAACAUGAUGUGUGCUGCUGAUCCUCGCCACGGCCGGUACCUUACAGCAUCAGCAAUGUUCAGAGGCAAAAUGAGCACUAAAGAAGUGGAUGAACAGAUCAUAAACGUUCAGAACAAGAACUCAUCAUACUUUGUUGAAUGGAUUCCCAACAAUGUGAAGUCAAGUGUUUGUGAUAUUCCACCAAAAGGACUCUCCAUGGCUUCGACGUUUAUCGGGAAUUCGACUUCGAUACAAGAGAUGUUUAGGAGAGUGAGUGAGCAAUUCACUGCCAUGUUUAGAAGGAAAGCCUUCUUGCAUUGGUACACUGGUGAAGGAAUGGAUGAGAUGGAGUUCACUGAAGCUGAGAGUAACAUGAAUGAUCUUGUGGCAGAGUAUCAGCAAUACCAGGAUGCGACAGCCGAUGAGGAGGAGGAUUAUGAGGAUGAUGGUGAUGAUGGUGAAGACAAGUGAAGGUGUUCGACAAGUCUGCUGCUUCAAGCGUUAAUGGCAGCGAUUAGACUCUAAGAUCAUUCAAGUUUUUCUGUGUUUGCAAGCACAACAUGGUGGUGUUAUAGUGUGCUAUUUACUAAUUCAAGCAUUUGGAAGAAUACAAACAUUUGCAUUCGAAAA